AUGGAUCUGCUCAACAUCCCCCACCUGCAAGAAAGCGCCCGUCGCGCAGCCGGCUCAUUCCUCUCGCCCCUCACAAACGCCAUUGGCGAACAACGUAGACUCGUCGACAGUUUGGCCGUCGUCUCCAAAGUCCGUGUCGAGGAAUGCAAACAUAUGAUGGUCUGGAGCAAGUCUCAGACGGAGGACAUUGGGGAUGUGCUGUUGAAGCUGAACCUUCUUAUCCGCAAAAUCAGCGACUAUGAGAUCCGGUUCGGAACCCAAUACGAGUCCUUCCGCGAAAAGAUCAAAUACCUCCGGACCAAAGACGACUCACUCUGCGAGAUGGGACGCCGACAAGCCGACCUCCAACAAAAGAUUCUCGAUGCCUCCAAAUCCCGUCUUCGGUCCGCAAAAGCCCGUGUCCUCCAGACUGAACUCGAUGAUUUCCAGAAGGAGAGUGCGCCGACAGAGACAAAGUUGCAGGCGUUGAAGAGACAGUGUAUCAAGGGCGCCUAUACGGAGCAGUUGAAUGCUAUUAUUGAGUUGGGCAAGAAGAUGCAGAUUAUUGGCGAGCAUGGCAAGGAAUUGUUGGAACAUAUCGAUACCCCUGGGUCUACUCAAGAUGGUCGCAAGACAGAGGAUAUUCUGCAGGCGGCAAGAAUUACGCUCGAGAACUGGGAUCAACUCGUCAUGGUCAAUCCUCAGUCGGUCGUCGUUCACCCUCCACCCAUACCACCCCGCUCCCAAACAGGACUUUCCGUCAGCAGUAUCAACAGCGUCAGCACGGUGACCAGCCUAGCCAACCUCUCUGCCUCAGGAUCUGAAGUCUCGUCCGAUUCCGACUCGGACUCUGACAUCGAAUUCGUCGCCGCACCAUCGUCUCCUUUGAAGGCCAAGGCCUCUGUCGCAGUUACCACCUCUGCCGACGAGCUUGCUUCGCCCAUCAAGGUCAAGCAGCAGUCCUCUGUCAAGUCCAAAAAGUCAUCAGCAUCCACCAAAUCCAAGGCACCUGAAACCCCAGUCGAGGAAGUCAUCACAGCAGCUGCCGUCGUUACUGCGGUAGAGUCUUCAACAUCGUCAGAGUCAUCAGAGUCAUCAUCGGACGAGGAGAAGGAUAACGAAGCUGAGGUUGUUGAGGCCCCACCUAAGAAGGAUCUCUUGACACCCUUUGGAUCGACCCUUGCGCCAAAACUCACACUGACCCCCAACAAACUCCAGCCCUCACCUUCACGUGCCACUGUCCCUACCGAGUCGGACUGGGCCUCUGAGGCUACUCAGGCUUUGGCCAGCAUUCAGAUCAAGAAGGCCGAGGAGUUGAAGAAGCAAGCGGAAGGAGAGGCAUCGGAGGCCGAGACUCUGAAGCGAUUGGAGGAACUGGAGAUUAAGCACGCCCUGGAGCUGAGCUUAGCCGAGUCAAAGGCAGUCAAGGAUGCCGAAGCUGCUACUACCUCUGGUGAUCUUCAGCUCACUGCAGAGGAAAUCCGAUUUGUGAUGGGGGAUGUUGUUCCCAAGCGAUCUACCCGUAUUGCCAAGCGUCAGGCCAGAGCACCCGAGACUGUGGACGGUGACAGCGAUGCGGUUAUUACUCGCCGCCUUAACAGGUUGUCCAAGAAGGUGACCGUCAAUACGAGUAAGACCUCCUCAGCUUCUCACACCGAGACUGAGGAUUCUGAGGAAGAUUUGGAGACUCCUAAGGCAACUCAGCCACCUCGCAUUCGUGGACCCCAGCUGGCGGUUGAGCCCGAAGGACCCCGGAUAUCGCAGCAGGGACCUCGUCCAUGGGUUCCAGAAACUGAGGAGCAGCAGGAGGGGGCAGGAGCCGCACAAGAUGAGUCGAGCAAUACUUCUGAUGAGGCAGAGGAGUCUGAUGUCCACGAGGAGCUCGCGAGCAAACCCGUUAUUGGCGAGACUAUGGGCGAGCAGCGCUCUUCGAUAUUUAAAAAGGCAAAGUCGGUUAUCCGUGAGAGUUUGGGUCGGGAGCCGGAGCGUCCACUUGAGAGUAUGGGACCCGAACCUGAGAAGCCCUUGGAGAGUAUGGGACCCGAGCCUGAGGUGACGCUUGAGAGUAUGGGUCACGAUGGUCCCCAGGAGGAGGAGGAACCCGUUAACUUUGUCCCCAUGCCCCAGGUGCCUUCGUUGGAUGGAAUUCGCCAGCAAAAGCUCCAGAUAAAGCAGCAGCAACAACAGUACCAGCAGCAGCAGCAAUACGAGCAACAGCAAUACGAGCAGCAGCAGCAGUACGAGCAGCAGCAGCAGCAGUACCAACAACAGCAGCAGCAGAUUUACAGCUCUCCUCAGCCGAUGAACCAACAGAUCCAGAAUCCUGGAACUCCCCAGUCGUCCAACGCUUCGCUCUAUGCUCCCUCCCCCAACACUGUCUAUGCCCAGCUCAACAGCUACCAGUCGCCUUCGUACAAGCCUGCCACCAAGUAUGUCCCUUCGACACCCAAGCAAAAGAAGGAAAACCGCCUCUCUGGCUCCCAUACCUCUUCACCCAGCGGCUCCCCUAUGAUGCAAAACCAGCAUACCGGUACCUACUCGCCUCAGUAUCAGCAACAGAUGCAGCAACAGCAACAGCAGUACUACAAGCAGCAGCAGCAACAGCUUCAGGAUUUCUAUUAUUCGUCCUAUGAGCAAGAAUACCAGCAGCAGCAGUACCAGACUUACCAGCAACAGCUCCGUGAGCAGCGUCAGCACCAGCGUCUCGACUCUGUCUCGUCGGUCUCGUCCACCAACAGCACGCAGAGCAGUAUCGCACCCCUUGGAUGGAACUUGCCUGGCAUGGCCCCACCUCAAGUCACCGAUGAUGAUGUUCGUCGCUACGGCGAGCAGCAUCGGCAGAACCUGCAACACCAGCAGCAGCAACAGCAACAGCAGCAGCAGCAACAAUACCAACAGCAACAACAGCAGCAACAAUACCAGCAGCAGCAGCAUUUGGGCCUUGAGCGCCCUGGAUCAGUAGCCGGAUCGGUUCACAAUGGAGACGACAACAUGUCGUCGGGAGCUCCUUCUCCUUCCCCUUCGCAUAUCUCGUUAGUCCCCGAUCUCACACCCUCACCUGUGAUGGCCUCUGUCGCGCCGCUGGCCCUUCAACCCAAGAGGGCGCCGUCGCCCUUGGCGCCCAACCCUGAUGACUACAAGGUUGAAGUCAAGGAGACCUGA